AUGAUCUCGCAGCUCUUCAUCCUCUCUCCCAGAGGCGACGUCAUCAUCAACAAGCAGUUCAGGCUGGACGUCCCGGUGAAGAUCACCACGGAGGUCUUCUUUCGCACCGUCAAGUUCUGGAAAGACGGCGACAAGGCCCCCGCGGUGUUCAGCGAAGACGGCGUGAACUACGUGCACGUCAAGGUCGCGGGCCUCUUCGUCGCGGCGACGACGCGCAAGAACGUGUCGCCCUCCUUAGUCCUCGAGCUCCUCCACCGCGUCGCCAAGGUGAUCAAGGACUACUGCGGCGUCCUGAGCGAAGACGCGCUGCGAAAGAACUCGAUCCUCGCGUACGAACUCAUCGACGAGAUGCUCGACCACGGAUACGCGCAAACCACGGACACGGAAACGCUCAAGCAACGCGUGUUCAACGAGCCGAUACACGCCACGGAGGACGUCGGCAAGUCCUCGGUCGGCGGCGGCGUCACGCCCAAGAAGUACGGGUUCUUCAGCGCGUCCGUGGGCCAAUUCGGGUCUGGCGGCGCGCCGACGAGCGCGAAGAGGAGCGCGGUGAACCGAUCGGUCAUCGCGACGCCGCAGGGCCCGGACGAAUCCGCCGGCGGCAGGAACGAGAUCUUCGUCGACGUCGUGGAGAAGCUCAACGUGACGUUCGCCUCCGACGGCUCGCAGGUGUCCUCCGAGAUCGACGGCUCGAUCCAGGUUCGCAACUUUCUGCACGACAGGCCCACGAUCAAGCUCGCGCUCAACGAGGAGUUGGCCAUCGGCGGCAGGGACCUGGGCGCGUUCGGGGGCCCCGGGCGGUACCAGGGGUACAGCGCGGGCGGGGGCAUGGCGGUGCUGUUGGACGACUGCAACUUCCACGAGUCCGCGGAUCUGUCGCAGUUUGACGUCGACAGGACCAUCUCCAUGACCCCGCCCGCGGGGGAGUUUGCGCUGAUGAACUAUCGAGUCGCGGGGGAAUUCGAUCCGCCGUUUCGGCUGCAGACGGUCAUCGACGACGGAACCCCGUACCGGCUGCAGGUGACGCUCAUGCUCAAAGCCGAGUUCCCGGUGCGGAACACGUGCACGGGUCUGCAGGUGAAGUUCCCGGUGCCCAGAAACUGCGUCAACGCGCACCCCACGCUGGAGCAGGGCUCCGUCGGAUCGGGGCAGCAACACGCGGCGUACACGCAGGCUGACCGGGCGGUGGUGUGGCAGUUCAAGAAGGUGAAGGGGCAGGGGGAGCACGUGCUCACGAUCAACGUGUCGUUCCCGGACGAGGCCAGCGCGAGGGCGUCGAAGAAGGAGUGCGGUCCCGCGACGCUGAGUUUCACGAUUCCGACGUACAACGCGUCUCGGCUGCAGGUGCGGUACCUGCAGAUCGGGGGCGGUCCGACGGGGGGGGCGGACGGGAUCGCGCCGGGCGGGGGCGGGAAGGACGGGAAGGGGGCGCACAGGUGGGUGAGAUACGUGACCAAAUCGUCCUCCUACGUGUGCCGGGUGUAGCGGCGAAGGUUGUCUACUGAUGAACAGUCGGUAAAUCGUG